AGUGAAGCUGCCAGUUCUGAUGGACAAGAAUCAAGUGAGGAAGCAGAACAGAAACGCAAAAAGAUAGAAGUGCAGAAGGCCCAAGCAAAUGCUAGAGCUGCAGUUCUGAAAGAACAGUUAGAGCGAAAGAGAAAGGAAGCAUAUGAAAGAGAGAAAAGAGCCUGGGAAGAACAUCUGAUAGCAAAAGGAGUAAAGAAUCCUAAUGUGCCUUUUCAUGUUGGAGCUACAGAACACAGUCCUGUGCAUGGACUGCAAGAGCUUGGAGCAGCUCUUCCUAAGUCACAGCUUCCAGUGAAGCCUGGUACACCAGUCAUCUCCAUGACUUCUGCUUUGAAGGAAGUGGGUGUGGAUGAAAAUGUAACUGCUAUCCAGGAAGCUGAGGAGGAAAUAAAAAAGCCAGAUUUUGCAAUGCAGAAUAAACGAGAAAUACUGAGAAGAUUAAAUCAAAAUCUUAAAGCUCAAGAAGAUGAGAAAGGAAAAAGGGAGUGUAAAAAUACCUCUGAAACAGUUGGGUCUGAAGAUGGUAAGGAACAACAAGAAGGUGACAAUCCACUUCUAGGAGAUCGCAAAAAAUGGGAAUCUGGGCCAUCUGAGUUGGUAGUUCCUCUAGCUCAGUUAUCAAUGGAAGACUCUCUCUCUGGAACAGACCGUCAAACUCUGGGGGAAGUAAUUAGAUUAGAUAUUGGUGAACCCCACAGGAAAGUGUGGGGCAAAAGCCCUACUGAUUCAGUCCUAAAGAUCCUAGGAGAAGCAGAGUUGCAGAUGCAAACUGACUUACUUGAGGAACUAGAUGUAAAUGGUACUGCAGAAUGUCUUGAAGAUCAUCAGCCCUUAAUUGUAGAAGGGGAGAAGGAAGAGAAAGCUUUUCCUACGGUCGGAGCUCAGUCUUCAGUACCAGUUGGUGUCACAGAGUCUGACAUGACUAUACCAGAAGAAUGUCAAAGAGCUGGACCUACCCAGGUGCAAAGCAAACCUAUUAUGCUGGAUGAGCCUGAUGAUUUGGAAGUAGAGAUGUUGGAAGAAAAAGAAGAUAAAAAGCACCAGAGUAAGGAGAAUAAGGAAUUUUCCAUCACUGUUAAUGAAGUGUGGGUAAAAGAGAAAGACAAUAAGGCACAACAUGAGCAAAGAAAUGAGGCAUCUUCUGAGAAAGUAGAACUUGACAAUGCGCAACCACAAGAGGAAGCUCCGGAAGAAGCUUGUUCCAGUGACUGUCUGCAACCUGAACCCUUAUUCCAGAGGGUAUUAAAGACCCAGGCUGUACCAACAGCCUCACCAGCUCUAUCAGCUCAGUCUUCACAAGAAGAGCCUCUUGUACCUCGUUCACGCUCCGUAUCACCAGCAAAAAAUAGAGGCAAAAGUUCAUUGCUGAUUGGACUUUCUACAGGGCUUUUCGAUGCAAAUGACCCAAAGAUGUUGAGAACUUGUUCGCUCCCGGAUCUUUAUAAACUGUACAGAACAUUAGUCGAUGUUCCCAGUGUAGCAGAUGUGCAGCAUCAACAUAAUCUUGAAAUAGAUGAUACAGAAGAUGAGCAAGCCAAAGAAGGACCCUCUGAUUCUGAGGAUAUUAUGUUUGGGGAGGCAGAUACAGAUUUGCAGAAACUCCGGGCCUCAAUGGAACAAUUGCUUAGGGAGCAGCCUAGUGAGGAAUUCAGUGAAGAGGAGGAGUCUACCUUAAAGGCUAAUGUCAUGGAAUGCAUCACAAAUGGUACAGAGCUGGAUGAAGGAGAUGAAAAUAACCCCAGCAGUGAAAGUGCACUUAAUGAAGAAUGGCAGUCAGAUAAUAGUGAUGGAGAGAUUGCCAGUGAAUGUGAAGAAUGUGAUAGCAUCUUCAGCCAUUUGGAAGAGUUGAGAUAUAACCUGGAGCAGGAAAUAGGUUUUGAUAAAUUCAUUGAAGUUUAUGAGAAAAUAAAGGCUAUACAUGAAGAUGAAGAUGAAAAUAUUGAUAUUUGUUCAACCAUAGUUCAGACUAUUCUUGGAAAUGAACACAAGCACCUGUAUGCCAAAAUACUUCACCUGGUAAUGGCAGACGGCGCCUAUCAAGAAGAUAAUGAUGAAUAAACCUGACUCAGGAAAUUCCUUAAUGCUGUACUACGUACCAGUGUUUGAAGUCUGCACAGCUGUCUAGCAACGUAAUGGAGAAUGUACCAUGGGCAGGAGAAGCUAGACUUCAAAAAAGAAUGUUGGUUGUAUGAAAAAGAACAUGCCUUUUAAAACUGAGAUACCUAUACACUUUUCUUGUGUGUACUUGCAUAUAUGUUCAUUAAAUAUUAGAUGCCCAAAACUUAAAAAGAAAAAAAACCAACC